AUGCGGGCUUUCAUAUCUCUCUUAUUAAAUACUGCGACCUAUCUGAACUGGGCAAAUGCUGCAUCCAAUUCAACUAGGCAUUGCAAACCAUUACCUUCAUCUCCAGACUGGCCUUCCCUGGAUCAAUGGCAUGCUCUGAACCAGUCUGUCUCUGGCCGUCUACACGCCCCGGUUCCUGCUGGUAGUGUCUGCCAUCCAGGCCAGCCGGGGUUUAGCAACACCUCCUGCACCACAGUCCAAACACAAUGGUCCAAUUCUACAUGGCACGCAGGUGAUCCAUGGUCAGUAGACUAUAAUGACGACACCUGUUUACCAGACCCUUCCGCCCCCUGCUCCAGCGCAGGCUAUCCCGCGUAUGUUGUCGAAGCGGUAGGUGCGAGCGACGUUCAGGCUGCUGUUAAGUUUGCGAAACGCACUGGAGUCCGCCUUGUCGUGAAGGGAACUGGCCAUGAUUUCCCCGGUCGCUCGUCAGGUCCAGGUUCGCUCUCCAUCUGGACGCACCGCAUACGCGGGAUUGAUGUCACACUGAACGAUACACGCGCCACGGCCUAUGGAGGUGCUGCAUCCUUGAAAAUCGCUGCUGGUUCCCAGUGGAAGGAGAUAUACGAUGUGGCUGCAGCCCACAAUCUGACUGCUGUUGGUGGUGGGGAUGUCAAUGUCGGUAUCGGCGGCUGGAUUCUCGGUGGUGGUCACAGCCCUGUCUCCAGUUGGUAUGGAUUAGGCGCAGACCAGAUUCUAGAAUUGGAGGUAGUCACUGCAGAUGGCGAGUACAGAGUCGUGAACGAGAAGUCAUAUCCUGAUCUUUUCUGGGCAUUGAGAGGAGGUGGCCCCUCGACAUUUGCUGUUUUGAUAUCAGUUACUGUCAAAGCAUACAGUCCGCUGUCAAUGACCGUGUACACGUACGAGUAUAACACGACAGCAAACUCAAACACGUUCUGGUCAUUAACUGCCUAUUUUCACCAACAGCUUCCUCAUUUGUCCGAUUCUGGUGCAAUGGGCUAUUAUUUUAUCUGGCCAAGCGUCCCAGUCCCCCAAGUAGGCGCUAUUGGUCAGAUCAACGGCAUCUGGUUCUUUCCGGAGAAAACACCAGAGCAAGUCAAGGAGAUUAUCGCGCCCAUUGAAAAGGUUAUUCUAUCAUCCCCGUCGUGGGCCAAUGAUUCUAUAGUUGGAGCGGGUAUCCCUGAGAAGUGGGACAAUUUUAUGGAUAUGUAUGCAAAAAAUACACCUCAAACUGUUGGUACAGAUGGUCGCCUGGCUUCUUGGUUGCUGGAUAGAGAUGCGCUCUCAAAACCACUAACCAUACUUAAAAAUCAACUAUACAAAUCCUCUCCUUCCGGAUACCCCAUCCUAGGCCACAUGGUUGCUGGAAAGGGCGUCAGGGAUGCCAUAAUCCCCGGAGGUAACAAUUCUGUUUCGCCUCACUGGCGAAACGCAAUUGUACACGAAGUCAUUGUCCGUUCAUGGCCUGAGCUGAAUAUCACCGCUAAGAACAUCGAAACAAAUUCCCUUCGCAACGAAGCUAAUCCCGCUCUGAAAGCUCUUGCCCCCAACUCUGGUGCGUACGUCAACGAAGCCGACCCUACAAUUCCAGACUGGCAGAGAGUUUUCUGGGGUGACCAUUAUCCGCGAUUGUUUAAAUUGAAGAAGAAAUGGGAUCCCGAGGGUGUUUUCUGGUGCAAGCCAUGCGUUGGGCACGAGUUGUGGGAUGUGUUCGGCCCGGACACGGAGGAAGAAGUAGAAUGGGGUAUCGGUCAAGUUGGAGGAAAGAUUUGCAGAAAGUAA